UUCAUCGCUACAUCAGCUCUCCGCCGCCUGGACCUCCUGCGUGCCCCUGCCAGCCUGCGAGAGACUGUGCAGGCUACACCACGCGCACGCCGGUGUGUGGAUGUCCAGCGGAGAGAGAGAGAGAGAGAGACAAAAAGUCCCCUCCGUCAGUGCUGGACCCCCGGUGUGGAUGUGGAGCCCCGGCGGGGGGAGAGAGAUAGAGAGAGAGAGAGGACCGCGGCUGUGAAACUCUUCAUCCUCAGCAGUGACCGAGAGUCCUCUCCAGGAGCUCAUCUUAAAAUCUGGCCCUCAUCUCGGGCCUGAGUGGACGGGUGCUCCCCCCUCAGUAAAGAGCACCAUGACCCAGGAGGGGCAGGCUCUGCCCUCUCCCACCCCAGCAGAGAACCCAGCAGAGGCCAGCACAACCUCCACCACCGACUCACCCACAGAGACCCCCAACCUGACAGAGCAGGACAAGCCGGGGGCCGAGGAGGGGAAACAACAAGAGGAGAUCAGAGAAGGGGAUGAGGAGGCACAGGGUGAGACACAUGGGGAAGGAGAGGGGAGAGCAGAAGCAGAGGAGGGGGAGUUUAAAGAGGGGAGGUUAGAUAGCAGUGGAGGUGAAGAUCAGCAGACAGAUGGAGGGGUGGAGGGAGAGAGGGAAGGCACAAGAGUGGAUGGAUGUAUAAAUUCAGAGGGAAUCUCAACAGGGGAAGAGGCAGCAGCACAUGAGGUGGAGGAGAUGAAAGAGGAAGAGGAGGGGAAAGAAAAUGAAGAGAUGCAACCGUCGACAGAGGAGGCAACACACCCUCAACAUGCUGGGCGACUUGCAAACGGCAUAGGUGGGAAUGAAGACGAGGAUGACGCUGGUGAGGAGGAAGGAGGAGAUGAAGCAGGGACUCAUACCAACUUGGAUGUUUUGAGCUCUAACUUUGAGAUGAAUGUAGAACAAGCUGGUACAGAAGUGGAGGAAGAGGAGGAAGAGGUUCAGACAGAAGGAGAUGGAAGAGAAACCCAGGACAGUUUCAGCUCGGCAUUCGAGCAGAUUGUUGAGCAGGUCGAUGUUCAGGAGCAAGAAGAGGAGGAAGAGGACAGGGAGUUGGAGGAGGAGAGGGAGAAAGGUACGGUGGACAACAAAGAUGGCUUCAGCUCCACAUUUGAGCGCAUCGUGGAGUCCGCACUGCUGAGGGGGGGAACCUGCUACAGCAGCCUGGACUCUCUGGACGUGCUGUCACUCACCGACGAGACAGACAGCUGUGUCAGCUUCGAGGCGCCACUGACGCCGCUCAUCCAACAGAGGGCGCUGUUACAGGGCCCUGAACCUCUGGAGCUGGAGCUGGAAACCGUUCAGGAGCAAGAAGGGGCUGAGGCUGGACCAGAUGCCCCAGGUGCUGGAGAGACCACUGUCCGUGGAGGUGGAGCUGUGGCAGCAGGAGGAAGCCCACUGAGGACCACCAUAACAGGGAGCAGAUCAGAGUUUGUGCUGAGUCAGCCUGGACGCUGGGCUAUCCCCAAUGGAUACCAUGCAGACUCCCAGGGAGGCAUGGAGGGUUCUGGAGCCAUGAUUAACUCUCUCAGUGAUGCCAGCCUCACAGACGUCCUGUCUGACUCGGAGGAGUGUAAUUUGGGCAGUCUGGACCAUUUGGAGCGCGGCAGCACCGACACUCUGGCCAAUGGCUGCCGAGCCGACUAUGAGGCGGCCAAGAGGCUCGCCAAGCGCCUCUAUCACCUCGAGGGCUUCAAACGCUGUGACGUGGCCAGACACCUGGGCAAGAAUAAUGACUUCAGCCAACUGGUGGCUUCAGAGUACCUGAGUUUCUUUGAUCUCUCUGGCCUGACUCUGGAUCGAGCCCUGAGAAACUUCUUAAAGGCCUUUCCACUGAUGGGAGAGACCCAGGAGAGAGAGAGGGUCCUAGUCCACUUCUCCAAACGCUUCUGCCUCUGCAACCCACACACAUCCUCCUCAGAAGAUGGAGCCCACACAUUAACCUGUGCUCUCAUGCUGCUUAACACUGACCUACAUGGACAUAACAUUGGGAAGAAGAUGUCCUGCCAACAGUUUAUCGGUAACCUAGACGGCCUCAACAACGGCAAAGACUUUCCCAAAGACUUAUUAAAGGUUUUAUACAACUCAAUCAAGAAUGAGAAGCUUGAGUGGGCAGUCGAGAAGGAAGAGCUGAGGAAGAGCCUGUCGGAGCUGGUGGAGGAGCAAUGCGAGGGCGGGUGUAAACGUGUUACCAGGGUAACAGACGGCAAUAACCCUUUCAUUGCAAUCCCUAUUUUCGUGAACGCCGUCACCUACAAACACGGAGUGCUGACCCGCAAGAGCCACGCUGACAUGGAUGGCAAACGCACCCCGAGGGGACGCCGCGGUUGGAAGAAGUUCUAUGCGGUUCUGAAAGGGAUGAUCUUGUAUCUCCAGAAGGAUGAGUACAAACCAGACGCUGACAUUUCAGAGGUGGACCUGAAGAACGCAGUGAGAAUCCAUCACUCGUUAGCCACUCGUGCCACUGACUACAGCAAGAAAGCCAACGUACUGAAGCUAAAAACGUCAGACUGGAGAGUGUAUCUGCUGCAGGCCCCGAGUGAGGAGGAGAUGAUGUCCUGGAUCUUCCGGAUAAACCUGGUGGCGGCGCUCUUCUCAGCCCCAGCGUUCCCUGCUGCAAUCGGCUCCAUGAAGAAAUUCUGUCGACCAAUCCUGCCUUCUCAAUCCACCAGACUCAACCAGGACGAGCAGCUGCUGAGUCACGAGAACAAGAUGAAGCAGAUGAGCCUGGAGCUGGAGGAACACCGGAAAAACACGCCCUCAGUUGACCCCAAAAGCCGGGAGUGGGAGGAGCACAGGCUCAAAGAGCACUACCUGACGUAUGAGAAGACUCGGUAUGAGACGUACAUCGGCCUCCUGCAGGCCAAGCUUCGUGCUGAGACGGACGACCUUGAGAAGAUCGAGGCGAGCGUGAUGGGGGGCCUGAUCAUGGAGGGGGGCCUGGCCGGCCGCGAGUGCCACCUCCGCAAGACGCAGUCCUCCCCGUCCAUCAGCCAGGCUCACAGCGGAAUGAACGGAAGAACCGCUGAAUGCACUACCCCAGGACCGAGGAGCUGAGGGGAAGGAGGAGCAGGAUACGCCAUGGCCCACAAACCCAACGUCCCUCUAAGCCAAACAACAGUAGUUUAAUAACUCCUCACUGGGUUCUUUGUUAGUGUUCAUCCCUUUUACUUACAGUAAGAGAGAGUGGGCAGGGACAGGAGAAACAUGUCACUGCCCCUCCCAGAAUUGAUCAACCCCCGGUGAUAGGUGUCUGUCUUUGAGCAAUAGAUGAAGAGGAUGAAGACCCCACCCCCCCGAUCCCCAACGAGUGACCCUGUCAAACCUCACUUCUUUGAACUUUUGUUAUUGCACAUGAAAUCGAUCAUAACUGUGAUCUCAAAACCUUCAUCAGUAUUAUUUUAAAAACUCUGAGCGAUGCAGCUGUCUCUUGUUGACACUUUUUUUUGUUUUCGUUAUUAGCAAAAGUUUGAGUAUUUUAUUACGUAUUAGUUUAAGGCCAGAAAGAGAACAAAGAAAGAGACGGACUGCUUUCUGUCCUGUCCUUUAUCAGACAGAGACAGUCAUGGACAAGGUGGACAUGGUACUAAUGUAGCAUUUUGGCCUUUUUCCCACCCAUGUAAACACACCCCAGCCCCUCACAGGCGUAUGUAUGGACCUACAAGUGUGUGAAGACACAACAUAUCUGUUCCUGGAGUUACGAAAAACUCUCAAGAGAACUUCUCAGAAGGAUCGAGUCUCUGCCAUGUAUAGCAUAUUUAUUUAUUUAUUUAAUUAUCCUUUAUUCAGCCCAGGGAGAGUUAACAUAGAGUGGACACUCCACUGUCACAGUCAUACAGUUACAUACAGUAAAUCCCUAUACAUAACGGAGCUGCCACGUGGAUCCAUGGUUUUAACUGAGCUGCUUCACCAGAGAAAGUGGAGGUUGAGUGCCUUACCCAAGGGCACCUCGGCACUAGCUGUCACACACUCGUCAGAAAGAACACAAGUCUGCUUACGUGAAUUUUGAGCUGCCGCUGCCCCUAGAUACUGACACGUAUCCAAUGAUUCUCCUCUGAAAAGUCUAAAAAUGAUGUGAAUGAAUGAAAGCACUGUGUCAUUUAUCCCACAAAUGUCUCUUCUUGUCUCAGCUUAUACAUAACAACAUAAUGCUGUGUGUGCGGUUUCUAAAGAUUGACGUGAAGUGCAGAUCAGGAACCUGUGGGUGAGAGGUAUACAGUGUGAGUGGGUCAUCUUCUGUGUGUGUGGGCAUCUGCUUGCUUUUUACAGUAGAUGAGAUGUUGUAGCUGUAGGCGACAGGAAGAAGUAAAUAUAGCAGGGUCAUGUCUGAAUGAACAAUAUAUUGAGCAUGUUCGGUCAGAAAGUGUCCACUGGUCUUAUUCUGCUGAACUGAAAACCCGGCCUGGAUCUUUCAAAAGCAUCUUCAGCACAAAGGCAGCCGUCAUUUGAGCCUUGCAUGCACCCAGCUGUACAGGAGUGCAUUUGUUUGCAUGUACCUUCACUGCACUUGACUCAGAGUAGAACAUCAAGUCAGAAGUUCCAGACCUCCGUAACAGUCAUGUUAUCCUCCCUAUUAUAAAAUUGUGUACCGGCAUUCAAAGCUGUUAUUGUAAAGUAUUACAACUACCUAGUGUUGCUUCAAACAGAAAACGACAACUUCUUUAUUUACAACACGUGACAUGGACCUAUUAUAGCUUGUUUGCUUUUGUAUUGGACAUUUCCUGGUACUGGUGGUUUUUCCUCCUGCUGCCAUCAUUCCCUGCAGAUGAAGAUGUUUUUGAGAAAACGGGCCCCGGACUGGCUGAUUGGAGAGUGUAGCAGCAGGACUGCUUGGGCUUAGCGUACUAAAGUCAAGAAACCUGUCAGCAUUCUGGAAAGCAGAGAGGAAGAGUAGCAAAACAGCUCCACAUGGGUGACGAAGAGGAGGAGGAGAGACAUGUUUUUUAAGAAGAAGAGACUGGUUAGGCUUUCUUAGUAGGACCGCAUCUGGCAGCCGAGAAUAGGCAAAACAGACGUCCAGCUCAUUUUUCCAAGGAGAGGAACACAUGGAAGGGAACGUGUUAAAUGUUCAGAGGAGCUGGGGAUGGGGUGGGAGGGAUGGCUACGGCUGUUUGUGAGCACCUUAAUUGAUCCUUACCCCCUCCACCACACACACACACACGCACACACACACACACACACACACACACACGCACACACACACACACACAGACACACACACAAACACAUACACAUACAUGCACAUACCUCUUUCUACAUAAUUUGUUUAUGACACAACUGUAGACCUUUGAGCUUAGUCCCCCCCCUCGCUCAGCCUCAGCGUGGCACAGAAGCAAUUACCAGGGCUGUGGAUCCACAGUGAGAAUAAUCACACAGUAUCUGGACGCCGUGCUUCUGCUGCUUCGAAUAUCAUAUUAUUAGUGACCAAUGGGGUCUGAGAUCCCUUUGAGACUUGGCUGGAAACCUUGGAAUCACAACUGGAAUCCUUGAACUGGAUCCUUGUACAGACCAAAAUGCUGAAGCAGAGCUGAGUUUUGAGAGAGGAAGUAUCGUUUUUAUAAAGCUGUAUCGAUAGAAUAAAACUGCUUUCUUACAGGGAGACUUCCCCUAAUAGUCACUUUGCCUGUUGUGCUAACCAUUGUUUCCCAAUGUUCUAGGAUAGGCCUGUGCCGUAAUAUAGGAUUGUGACAAAAACAGUUAUUGAUUGUUAUGUUUAUUUAAAAAAAAUGACAACUACGGCACUUUGAUGUCAACAAUGGAUCUUUCUGUUGGUUUUGUUUGUAUAUCUGAACUGUUUUUGACAGGAUGCUCAUACUAUGUAAAGAACAUAUUUACUGAAUAUUUAGUCUGUGCUUCAUAAAGUAAGCUUUUAUACA